AUGACUAGUGCUCUAGAACUAAAGGAUCAGGGCAAUGCCUUUCUUAAAGAAAACAAGCUUAAUGAGGCAAUUGAAGCGUACACAUCGGCAAUUGAAUUGGAUUCUUCCAAUGCAAUCUUCUUUUCCAAUAGAGCUCAAGUAAACAUCCGAUUGGAAAAUUAUGGAUCUGCUGUAGCUGACUGUAACGAAGCUCUUGCUCUCGAUCCAAACUUUAUCAAGGCCUAUUAUCGUAAAGGUGUUGCGCAAAUGGCAAUUUUACAAUACAAAGAAGCUCAACAAAAUUUUAAAACUAUUUUGAAAAAAUUACCAGGUGAUCGUUUAACCUUGGAAAACCACAAGCAAUGUGUUAAUUAUUUGAAAAAGCAAGCUUUUGAAAGAGCUAUUGCUGGUGAUUCCAAGGGUAGCAUUUUAAGUGAAAUUGAUUAUCAAGGUGUAGCUGUGGAAAAAUGGUGGGAAGGUCCAGAUUUAGACAUCUCUGUAGAAAAGAAUACCGCAAAGGAACAAGAUGAAAAUGCUCCACCAGUUGUCACUAUCAAAGGAUUGGAUCAAGAAUACCUCAAAUACGCAAUUAAAACUUUCAAAGAUGGUGGUAAACUUCCAAAGAAACACGUCUUUGCCAUUGUAGCUGCAGUUACUCAAAUCUUCCGCCUGGAACCAACAAUGGUUGAAGUUUCUAUUCCUCAUCUGAAAUUGCCCGUUACUGAGUGCACUUUGGACAUCAAGUCUGACGGUAAAGCUGAAAAUGCUCCAAAGUUGACCGUCGUUGGUGAUACUCAUGGUCAAUUUUAUGAUCUUCUUAACUUAUUCCAAAAAUUCGGUCAUGUUUCUUCAAACCAUAUUUAUCUUUUCAAUGGUGAUUUCGUCGACAGAGGUUCUUGGUCUUGUGAGGUUGCUCUUUAUCUUUAUAUCCUCAAACUCUUGUAUCCUAAACUGAUCUAUUUGAACCGUGGUAAUCAUGAAACGAACGAUAUGAAUAAGACUUACGGGUUUACUGAUGAAUGUGAACAUAAAUAUUCGAAAAAGAUCUUUGAAUGCUUUGCUGAGUCAUUUGGUGCUCUCCCAUUGGCUACUCUUAUCAAUCAAAGCUAUCUUUGUAUGCAUGGAGGUCUUUUCUCCAAUGAUAAAGUGAAAUUAGCUGAUAUCAAAAACUUUAAUAGAUUCCCAAGUUCUGGUUCUACUCAACCACCACGUGAUGGGAUUGCUAUGGAACUUUUAUGGACUGAUCCACAACCUCAAAAUGGUAGAUCUCCCCUGAAGAGAGGUAUUGGUAUGCAAUUUGGUCCAGAUAUUACUGAGAGAUUCUGUUUGACUAACAAACUUCGUAAGGUUUUGAGAUCUCACGAAGUUAGAAUGGAUGGGGUUGAAGAAGAACAUAAUGGUCGUUUGAUCACUGUUUUCCUGGCUCCAAACUAUUGUGAUAGUACUGGAAACUUGGGUGGUGUUGUUCAUUUCACUGAAAAUGACUCUUAUGAUGCUGAAAAGGACGAUGGUGAAGGUUAUAGAAAGACAAAUGAUGACAACUGUCCAUGGAACUUGGAUAUUGAAACUUUUGAAGCUGUCUGGCAUCCAGAUCUCAAACCAAUGGCUUACUCUAAGAGUGGCUUCGGUUUCUAA